AGGUCAUCUGAGUGUAGGGCACCCUAUGUCCUGUGAUAUCCUACAGUCAGGUCUGAGACUGUAGGGGCUGGGAGUGGGGGUCUUGUCUGGGCAGGAUGUCACUGGGACCAUGGAGACAGCUGCUCUCAGGAGCAGAGUAACCAGGGUCAGGCAGGGCAUGGUGACCCUUGGCAUUAGCUGCUGUAAGGGGUGAAAGCAAGUAGCGACCUGAGAGACAUUUGGCAAUGGAUGCAAGCUGACCCCAACCAUGUCCCUGGGCUGCAGCCAGUGAAGGGUGGCUAGAUGUGGGGGUUGAACAGAGAUGCCUAACCAUGUGUAUGCUGAUUUUUACUGUGCCAGGGAGGGUGGCACUGGUCUGACGUCAGCCCCAUCUAUAGUGGGACCACCCAGUUGUCAUGAGGCCUGCCCUGGGCCUGCUUGCUGUCUCAGGUCAUCUCAGUCACUCUGGAGUUGCCCUGGUGACUAAUGGCGUGCCCCUUCACGUGUUCAUGGCAGGAUUACAUCUGCCCAAGGUGCGAGUCUGGCUUCAUUGAGGAGCUUCCAGAAGAGACCAGGAACACAGAGAAUGGCUCAGCCCCCUCCACAGCCCCCACUGACCAGAACCGGCAGCCAUUUGAGAAUGUGGACCAGCACCUGUUCACGCUGCCACAGGGAUACAGCCAGUUUGCCUUUGGCAUCUUUGACGAUAGCUUUGAGAUUCCCACGUUCCCUCCUGGAGCCCAGGCCGAUGAUGGCAGGGACCCUGAGAACCGACGGGAAAGAGAGCACCAGUCUCGGCAUCGGUAUGGGGCCCGGCAGCCCCGUGCCCGCCUCACUGCCCGUCGGGCCACUGGCCGGCAUGAAGGUGUCCCUACGCUGGAAGGGAUCAUCCAGCAGCUCGUGAAUGGCAUCAUCUCUCCGGCCGCUGUGCCCAGCCUGGGCCUUGGUCCCUGGGGCGUCCUGCACUCGAACCCAAUGGACUACGCCUGGGGGGCCAACGGCCUGGACACCAUCAUCACGCAGCUCCUCAAUCAGUUUGAGAACACCGGCCCCCCACCUGCAGACAAGGAGAAGAUUCAGGCUCUCCCCACGGUCCCAGUCACAGAGGAGCACGUGGGCUCAGGGCUCGAGUGCCCAGUGUGUAAAGAAGACUACGCACUGGGUGAGAGUGUGCGGCAGUUGCCCUGCAACCACCUGUUCCACGACAGUUGCAUCGUGCCCUGGCUGGAGCAGCAUGACAGCUGCCCGGUCUGCCGUAAGAGCCUCACUGGACAGAACACAGCCACCAAUCCCCCGGGCUUGACCGGUGUAGGUUUCUCCUCGUCCUCGUCCUCAUCCUCCUCCAGCUCGCCCAGCAAUGAGAACGCCACAAGCAACUCCUGAGUCCCACCUGGCCAUCCCCUCCCCGGGGUUUGGUCAUCCCACCCACCCCAGGUGCCCCAGCACCGCCCGCCCGCCUGCCAUGGCUGUGGACUAGAGGUGCUGCCCGUGGCGGCCGGCAGUACCUGGCGGGCCCCAGGCUGCGGGCAGGCUCGGACUUGGCCAUGGCCACUCCUGUUUGGAGGUGUGCACGUGGGUCCCAUGUCCCCAGCAGGCACCUUCAGUCCGUCUUAACCUCACCCUCCAAAUGUUCAACGGCAGAAGGGUUUUUAUGAUUUUAAAUUAUUACUGCUUUGAAAUAAAUGGACGUUUGAGCCACGUGCGGCCAUGCAUGGUCUGUGGAGAGUCAGCAGAACUGUCGCCAGGCCCAGCCCGCCACACGCCCUGGGAGGCCAGGCCCAGCACCCAACCAGCGCCGGCCUCGGGACCACAAGGGUGACCAGCAGACCCAGGAACAAACUGCUCCAGCAGACAAUUUUUUUUUUUUUAAGGGAAAUGUGUGUUAUCUGGAAAGCUAUUUAAAAUACACCUACUCAAAAAAGCAGA